CCCCAAGACCGCCACCAUGGACUUCCAGCACCGCCCAGGCGGCAAGACGGGGAGUGGGGGUGUGGCCUCCUCCUCCGAGAGCAACCGGGACCGCCGCGAACGCCUGCGGCAGCUGGCCCUAGAGACCAUCGACAUCAACAAGGACCCUUAUUUCAUGAAGAACCACCUGGGCUCCUACGAGUGCAAGCUCUGCUUGACCCUCCACAACAAUGAGGGAAGUUACCUGGCUCACACGCAGGGGAAAAAGCAUCAGACCAACCUGGCCCGGCGAGCUGCCAAGGAGGCAAAGGAGGCCCCGGCCCAGCCUGCACCCGAAAAGGUCAAGGUUGAGGUGAAAAAAUUUGUGAAGAUUGGCCGCCCAGGCUACAAAGUCACCAAGCAAAGGGACACGGAGGUGGGCCAGCAGAGUCUCCUUUUCCAGAUUGACUACCCAGAGAUCGCUGAGGGCAUCAUGCCCCGGCACCGCUUCAUGUCCGCCUACGAGCAGCGGAUCGAGCCCCCAGACAGACGCUGGCAGUACCUGCUGAUGGCGGCCGAGCCCUAUGAGACCAUCGCCUUCAAGGUGCCGAGCAGAGAGAUAGACAAGGCCGAGGGCAAGUUCUGGACCCACUGGAACCGGGAGACCAAGCAGUUUUUCUUGCAGUUCCACUUCAAGAUGGAAAAGCCCCCCGCACCACCAGCCCUACCUGCUGGGCCUCCAGGGGUGAAGCGGCCCCCACCCCCUCUGAUGAACGGACUACCCCCAAGGCCACCGCUGCCUGAGGCCUUGCCCCCGCCACCACCUGGAGGCCUGCCCCUGCCACCCAUGCCACCCACAGGACCAGCCCCCUCAGGGCCCCCUCAGCUGCCCCCACCAGCACCCGGGGUGUUCCCAACCCCAGUGGUUCACCCACCAACCUCUGGGGUCCAUCCUCCAGCUCCGGGGGUCCACCCUCCAGCCCCAGGGGUCCAUCCCCCAGCCCCAGGGGUCCAUCCCCCAGCCCCAGGGGUCCACCCCCCAGCCCCAGGGGUCCACCCCCCAGCCCCAGGGGUCCACCCUCCCCCAUCUGCAGGAGUUCACCCCCAGGCUCCAGGGGUGCACCCACCAGCAGCUGGGGUUCACCCUCAGCCUCCAGGGGUGCACCCACCUGCUCCUGCUGUUCAUCCCCAGGCCCCUGGGGUGCAUCCACCCACUCCCGGGGUCCACCCUGCAGCCCCAGUUCAUCCCCAGGCUCCAGGGGUUCACCCGCAGGCUCCAGGUGUCCACCCCCAGGCACCAGGGGUCCAUCCUCAGGGACCAGGCGUUCACCCCCAGCCUCCUGGGGUUCACCCGCAGGCUCCUGGGGUUCACCCCCAGCCUCCUGGGGUCCACCCUCCUGCUCCUGGGGUGCACCCCUCAAACCCUGGGGUGCACCCCCCAACUCCAAUGCCCCCGAUGCUGAGGCCCCCACUCCCCUCCGACGGCCCAGGAAGCCUUCCUCCCCCUCCUCCAGGCAAUUGA